AGAACAUUGUUUGCAAACAGAAUUUUUCCAUCCGGGAUGGGCGACACGACCUCUCACAUGAGUGACUUUUCAUCCGACGGAAGUUUGUCCCCAUCACCCCAGUUCUACUCGCGGAGCUACAACCAGGCUGUGCAGAGCCUACCCUACACCACCGAAGUCAAUAUCAAUUUCAAUCAUUUGAGCAGCUCCAUGCAGACUAGGGAUAGCAUAGCACGAAGGCCUCCCCAGAGAUCAAAUUCCAUGCCAGUCACUCGCGCGGAGAGUCAGAGACCCCGCGUGCAGAGCAGACACAACAAAGACAGGGGCUCUGUGAUGAAUGCGCCAUCCCCAAAGGGCAGCCCUGCUAGCACUACUAGGACUCUAGGUGAUCGCAAGAGAGUCGAGAACUCUCGCAAGUCGGCAACGAGGGAACGCAAACGAGGAGCCGGUAACGGUGGUGGUGGAUCACGUCGUACGUGCAGAUUGAUGAGCGCUAAUGCUGAUUUGGAUAUGGGUAGCGCACAUUCUGAUGGUUAUGGGGUGGGGGAUAGUGGUAGUAAUGCCAGUUCUGUAGUGGCACCUGCUUGUGGGGAUGUGUACCUUCCCUUGGAUGCGCAGCCCGAGAUCGAGCCAUGCUCUCUUCCGGACGUGAUCGACCCUGCAGACAUUGGCACUGUGAUGGAGAUGGAUCCUGGAGUCUCUGAUGAUGAACUCAUGGCACGACUGAGGCAGCGUGAUGUCAAGAAGGUCCUGGAAGCCCUAGGUGUACCCGACGACUCCAUAGCGGAUGAUUACAAGGACCUGUCCUCCGGUAGCGAUUCUCUCUUCACAGACGCAGAGCUCAGCCAACUGGACAACGACAAUGAGCUGAGGUCGUUGGAGGAAGAACUUGGCAGUGAAUUUGAUAAUGAAGCUUUGCUUCCCGAUGAUACCCGCCCGCAGAAUCCUGGGGGCACCCGCAUGGUGAAUGGUAUCGACCAAAGCUGUCCUGGGGACUCUCCAGAACUAUCAAAGGAAUCAAAGAGGUUACCCAGUCAGAGCUCCAGUGACUCUGCUCUAGGUGUGGCCUUUGACAACGCGGCCAGCUCACCACCGCAAGAUCUUGACUCCCCGUUGGCGCAGGUAUCCUUCAAGACUCCAGCACAACUAAGCCAGGCCCCUCACAGCAACUCCCCGUACGGUGCCGUCCGAGAUUUGGACGAGCAAGAACGCUGGUCCGAGAGGGCCACCGUAGUUACCAAGCCGGACCAUGAGGAUUACAUGAUCAUUGCUUCUGAGAUCCUCAACAAUAUCAUCCUUAAUCUUCCCGUCGGCGAAGUCGCCACUGCUCCUGAUUCCGUUACCCCCGUUGUUCCAGCUCCUGAGGCCGAGGCCAACCUGCAGGUCCAAGACUCUGCACCCAGCAGCCCCCCAAACCAGUCACCUCCUAGGGAGGGUAACGCAGACGCGCCCCCUUCAGAGGGCGGGGCCACCAUGGAGGACAGUGUCAGCACCCCUCCUCCUCCAUCUCCGGAGCCAGCUCGUCAAAACAUCUACGAGCUCAACGAUGAGGACAUCGCUAAUAUGAACCCGUUCCAGAGUACCACCAAGAUGCAGAACUCUCCACCUAUUACCAAGAAACCCAUGGCAGACAACCAGUACUCUGCAGACAUUGACUUUGAUAACAUCAAGGAUCCCUUUGGUACCUGCAGCAAAGUGGCCAAUACACCCGAGACCAUCAACCGGUCUCCAAAGCAGAAGAAGAAGUCUCCCAAGAUCAAAUCCCCGACCCCAGAAGCCGAAAAGGACCUUGUGCCUCCUGCCAACAAUGAUAACGACGUUGCUGUCGAUGUUGAUGUCGAGAAAGAGGUGAACGAAGAGGAGCACAGCCCCCCAUCCCCGGAGGACGUCAUGCUCCAGUCCCCGCAGAUGAACGGUGGGGAUGAUCUCGGGAACGAUCUCGACAAAGAGGAGGACGAUUCCAGGCACGAGGAUAACAAUGUGCAGCUGCUGUCGACGGGAGAUGGUGACAGCGGGGUCGCGAGUGCAGAGGAAAGACAGCCUGAUGAGGUCAUGCCUUCAUUUGAUGCUCAAGAUGAAAUUCCAGAUAUGAUUGGUGAUGACGAAUUCAGACCAGCUAUGGAAGCCUCUGAAGAAGGAGGAGGAGUAGGAGGAGGAGGGGGCGGUCAUGGGGGACUCACUCGAGACAUAAGCUUUGAAGAGAUGGAGUUCAGGUUGGCAGAAGAAGUGUUUGCCAAUAGUGAUCCUACGCACUUUGAUGUGGACUAUCUGGCACAAGCAGGAGGCUCAGAUGAAUUCAAGGAGUCGGCGUUGGCCAGGCAGUCUCUUUAUGUCAAGUUUGAUCCUCUUGUCAAAGGAUGCCCAACACCACAAGGCCCAUCAGCUCUGCCUGCCUUAGAGCCCGAGGGCGGAGACCUGCUUCAGAUGCAGACCCCUCCCCCAGGCCAGGUCCUUGACGGUAGGGCCAAGAGGAGAGCAGCCGCCAAUGAGAGGUCCAACACCAGUCCAGAGAACACAGCAGCCAGCAAGAACGUGGAAAACCUACUGCAGUACACUCCUAAGAGUGAUUUCGAUUCAGAGGAUCCAAUGGAUAGUGCCAACUCAAGCACUGAAAUUCCUUCCUCAGUACCUCAGACAGUCACCAGCAGUGAUGAAGGCAUAGUACAGAUCCUGCGUUACUCACAGGCAGAUAUGGAUGCUGCAGUGUUAGAGGCUGCUAGGUCAGCAAGCAUCGAAGCACAGAGAGUCGCUGAAGAAAAAUACAAGGAAUAUGAAAAGAAGUUCCAUUCAAGCAACGAGAAUAUCAAAGAAGUCACCAAGUCCAAGGAGGUGUUAGAGAAAUCCAGUUCAGAUAUGAGAGCACUGAUCAUGGAAUAUGAGAAAUCUAUACAGCAACUAAUGGUGGACGUGUCGCAGGCCAAGACUUCAUCAGACGACAAGGCGUCGCAGCUGCAGAAAGAAAAGGACCAAGCCCUUGAGGACAUGGCCUCAGUCGAGAGUGCCUUCAGCGACCUGCACAGGAGAUAUGAGAAGUUAAAACAGACGCUUGAUGGCUACAGAAAGAAUGAGGAGACAUUGAAGAAGCAUGUAACUGAAUACCAGGGCAAGGUGAAGAAACAAGAGCAGAGAUACCAGACACUUAAAUCACAUGCAGAGGAGAAAAUAGAAAAAGCCAAUGAACAAAUCACCAAGGUAACCAAGAGUUACCAGUCCGAGAUUGCUGGUCUCACGGCAAACUUGAAGAGAGAACAGAUGAACGUAGAAGGUCUGGAGAAAACAAUUCAACAAAAGACCAAACAAUGCGGAGAGUUGACAAAUAUUUGUGAUGAACUCAUUUCCAAAAUGGGAAGCAGCGGUCAAUGAGAACAAUAUCAGUGCGGGAGCAGAUUUCUGAUGCAGCUGGAAUAAAAAGCAAUCAUCGAUCUGCUUUGAACACUUAUUCUUGUGGAUCAUAUAGUACUUGUGUAACAUAUAUGGAGAUCGACUUCAGACAGAGAUGGACUCGUGGAAGCUCAUGCGAUGCGGAGAAUAUACAUUUUGUUUACACUGUUGGGUCGUGUAGGACGUAUCUAUUAUUACGAUGUGUGAGUAACGGAACGAUACGGACAACUUUGUGAAUAGCUGGAUAUGCUGUGAUGCCAAAUUCUUGGAUUUAUCUGAGAAUAUUAUACGAUAGUAGAACAACUUUUUGUUAUCUUGCGGGUACUUUAGAUGUACUGUAUGCCUGGUACGGCAGUCAUGCUGAUGUUGUUGAACACAUGUGCACUGUAUUUCUAAGAUGUACUUUUUUUACGAAGGAAGAAAAAUUGUUCUAAAGAAGAACAAUUAUUGCCAGACCUUGCAAUUUAAGAAUAGCAUCAGUUAUCUUGUGUAGGGAUGGACUCCAUUGUAGGAUUGGACGGCUAUGAAAUAAAACAAGAUGCUAGAAACAUUUAGAGUAAUAUAAUGUUAAUAUUCUAGUGUCUCAUACCAUAGCCUUCAUUGAACGUGAAUACUAUUAGAAUUAAACAUGAGCUAAUAAAGAGAGAUAGUUGUGAUGUGCACAUACAGUUUCCUCCCACAUUUAAUGAACCAUGAAUGUGCACGCCUUUCUGUGACAAAACUCUCUGUACUCUAAUAGCUAUGGAAUCCGCCUGUCGGAGGCCGUUUAGUUUACAUACAUACAUGCACCCCCUCUAAUUUAGUCUUCACUGCACUGGUUAAUUAUUGAAAGCUGGAAACGAAUUGUAACUGAACAUAAAACGGAGUGUGAUCGUAUGUAGAAUCAUUGAGCCUCAUUUACACUUGACACAGUAAACCCGCCUGCAGCAAAGUGCCCGAUGGGUUAAACAAAAAGUGGCCGCAGGAAACAACAGCCCCUACACGUUCCGUGUAGGCUUUGUACUACAAGAUACAGGAACGUGAAGCCCGCCAUUUUUAUGUCAUUGUAUAUUGCUGUGCCAUUUGUUCUGGCGGUUUACAGUGAUAGGUGUGAAUGAGGCUUCUCUCGCUAAUGAUUUCUAUGUGAUUUGGAGAUGUCGCCAUCAAAUUUUUGAUGGAAUGUGAGGAUAUUGCGCUUAUGGUCCACUGUUUGCACUGCAGAUUAGAUAAUUCAGUAAUGCCCACUUUGUGAAAACUGAAAAAUUAGGUCGGUUAGAUUAUACAUGUAUAGGUAAGUUGGACUUUGUCACAAAGUCAUAUAAACCUAUAGUGAUCUCGUUUGAAACUUUUAUUUAGAUUUCUUUCAUUUUAUUUGGCCAGUCAAUGAUGAUCUUGCAAGUAUGCUUGAUAUCUUUGUUCUUCUGCGAUUAAUUGUGUUGUAAGUAUAUCGUACAUUCACAGUAAUUUAUUUUUACAUAAUCUGCAAAUACCUGUAUAGACAAAUAAUGAAUUUAUGAAUGUAUCAAAUGUGUGUAUCUUACCUAACACAUUAUAUGCUGGAUAUAACGUUUGCUUUGUAACACAUCAUAAUAUAAUAUCCAUCCAUGAUUUCUAUGUGCUCUUUGAUUCAGGGUAGUAAAUGUAAUAAAUUGUAAACAGAUAUAUGAUGCUAUAGGAAACUGGCAACGCAGGGCUACAUAGUUCCAUGACUGCUCGCGUCAGGGCGACCAUAAUAGUUCUGUAAUGAUGUUUGAGGUUUGCUUUAAUACCUAACUGCUAAGAAAUCAUGUAUAUGCUUGUAUUAAAGUCAACCAGGGGAUUGACAGCUUUAAAUCCUCUCCGAGGGACUUUGUUAUGAGGAUCAUAGCCUUACCUAAGGGCAUGAGCCCAUUGACUUGGUUUUGAACCCAGGGCCUCCUGGUCACGAGACCACUGCUCUACCACUGAUCCAUCAUGCCUCCUCCAGUGCACUAUGAUCAAGGGAUAAUGAGCAAGGGAAUACACCUGUUUACUAAUAUAUUUAAAUUCAUGCAGGUUUCUCUUCAGAUCCCCUGGUCACUGGUUGAUUCACUUGCCAUAUACCGUACAUAUCUAUAUAGAUAAAACAGACCAUUAAAUUGUGUUGCUGUGUAUGGUCAACCUCUGGCAAGCUUUUGAAUUUUGAACAGAAUCCUUUUUAUUUGCAUAAAACAAGUCUGUUCAUACCCUACUAGCAUUGUAAGUAAGGCAUUGUAACUUAUUUAAGAUUUAAAAUCUAAUUUCUUUGACAAUUUAUGAAUUUCAUUAGAUAAGUAAUGUGGUACAAGCCAAUCCACUCUACUCACCAUAACUUGUUUUAAGCAAGCAAUCUCAUGACAUGCCUCUACAUGUACGUCCAUUGCGUUUAAAAAACUUUUAAUCUGGUUGAAACAGCUUUACGUACCUUGUAGAUCAACUUGGGUUAUUUAUCUUGCAGGCAAGAAUUUGACUGGAUGAAAGUUUUAUAGACAAGAUAGGCUGUAUCAAAC